AUGGAGAAGACCCUUCUCUGUCUGAUAGUCAUCUGCUUGGGGACAGUGGCUCACAAAACAAGCGUCCAAGGGCCAGAUCGCCUCCUGAUUAGACUUCGUCACCUGAUAGACAUUGCUGAACAGCUGAAAAUUUAUGUGAAUGACUUGGAUCCUGACCUUCUGCCAGCUCCACAAGAUGUAAAGGAGCACUGUGAGCGGUCAGCUUUUGCCUGUUUUCAGAAGGCCAAACUCAAGCCAGCAAGCCCAGGAAACAAAACGCUCAUCAGUGACUUGGUCACUCAGCUGAGGAGGAGGCUGCCCCCCACGAAGGGGAGAAAGCAGAAGGGCACAGCUAAAUGUCCUUCCUGUGAUUCUUACGAGAAAAAAACACCCAAGGAAUUCCUAGAAAGACUAAAAUGGCUCCUUCAAAAGGUCUGA